CUAAUGUAGUUGAAAGGGCUAAUACCGGGAUCCGAGAAGGCCGCUGCCAGGGCUGCAACUGGUCCGCAGAAACGCCCCUCGUCGUCCUUGAGGCAGGCAUUCUGAAAGUAGAACUGCAGCGCUCCAGGAAUAUAGACCGCCGCGGCCUCGACCUCAAGGUCGACCGUGAUGGUCUGGUUCAAGCACCCGGACUGUACUGAUGACCGCCAUGUAUCAAGAGCGGAUGAGCAACCGGUGGUGCAGAUGCGCGUCAGUGACGCGGGCGGGUAGAAGACGUCUGGGCGGAGGUCCCUCACCAGCGGAUCGCAGGCCGUGACAUCGACGGUCAGGGCAUUGGUGCACUCUACGGUAAGUGUCGAGGGAAGACUAUCUGGGUAGAGCAGCACCGUGGCAGAUGCUGUUGAUGCAAUCCCGAGAGAGAGAAGCAGGUUGACGACGAAGGUCUGCAUUAUGAAGGUUGUCCAGGCCCAAUCCCUCGAUUGCGGCUUACCUUGGGACCUUUAAUGAGACAAGUCAGCGGGGAUAACUGCUUUCUGUGGGAGGAAGAGAGGGGGCUCUUCGUGUGGCUGACGGCGGCAUCGCAUCGGAAGAAGGACAUUUUUCUUAGGCAGGUUGCUGAGCAUCUUUUAGACUCUUAGAUGGAAACAGCAUACAAGAAUACGUAAUUCGGCUUACAGCUCUAGGUUCCCCCCCUGUCCUUUGGCAGAUAUGGCUCAUGGGUGGAUGCUACCCUUAUUCCACCUGUUACUAAAAUAAGUGAGGGCAGUGAAACCGCCCGCUGUCACAGGCCAUCAAACUUAAAUUGCGGGCCGCUACGGCUUGCCAUCUUCGGCCAAUUAUCCUAUUUCUUAUUCGCGUAGGCAAUAUUAUGCAGGUACAGUACGCUUAAAUCUCCGGGUAUCAAGGACGGGAUUGCAUUUUCGCACUAUCUUACUAUCUUAAUUAAUAUUGCAACGCCUAGAAUCCUAUAGGAUUGUGAACCCUGACGGGACCUGCUUUUCUAGUGGUAGCUUGCAUCUUGGGGGCUGCUUAUUCAUGUGUUAGUUGAGAUCUAGACUCAGUGACUCGGGCAUCACUUUGGCACUUCCGCCUUUUCCGAAGCAAGAAAAGGUCCGCAUAAUUACCGCAGAGAUGCUCGAAUGCAAUGAUACCCAAAAAGGUCCCCAUUUACGCUUCUACCUGCCUAAUAGGAUGUCGAUAGUGGCGAGAUCGGACCUUGAUAUUACCCUCGGCUGCGCGAAGGCGGAGUGAACUGUCAUCGAUGCCGAGUGCAAGGCCUGACCAGGGUAAGUGGAGUAGAAAUGAAUCCCACCUACUCAAGAUAUCAUCUUAUACAAGAUGCAGCGGCAGCUUGCUGCCCUCCAGGUCAUAGACAUUCCCGAGCAGGUACAACACCCGUGACGGACGGCCAUGCGGUAUCCUAUUGUCCUUGCUCUUCUAUGGGGGCAGAGGCUCGCCGAAGGCUUGCCCUGGCACCAGGCAGCAGAUCGUGCUGCUGUUGCUGAUUUGCCAGCAACGUGUCGGAAUCCCGUGUCACCGUUUGACUACUCAGCCAAGCUCAGACGCGAAUAUGAGCUGCCACUGUGUCGGGACGGCGACGAAACUCUUGGGGUGACUCCCUUCCUCGGCGCCAUGGACACGCCGUCUUUACUGAGCGGCCGAGCAACAGACGACGACUACACGUGCGGGCCGGACCGGCCUUGCGCCAACAAGGCUUGCUGCCCCAAGGCCACGCUGUCGUGCAACUACGGCGAGGAGGCGUGCGGCACAUCGGGCAUCUCGCCCAACGAAGUCUGCUGGUCCAACUGCGAUGCCAAGUCUGAGUGCGGCAAGGACGCCAAAGUGCCCGGCCAGGAAUGCCCCCUCAACGUCUGCUGCGGCAAAUGGGGCUUCUGCGGCAUGACCGAGGAUUACUGCGACAAGAAAGAUCAUGGUACCACCGGCGGCUGCCAGUCCAACUGCGACCAGCCUGGCCCUAAGAACAAGGCCAACUCGCAGACCCGCAUCAUCGGCUACUACGAGGGCUGGCGAGCUAACAGCGCCUGUCAGGGCAUGGGGCUCAAGGACAUCCCCGUAAACUCCCUGACGCACCUGUACUUUUCCUUUGCGUCCAUCACCCCGGACACGUACAGCAUCGCGCCUAUGGACGGCAUCGCCGGGUCUCUGUUCUCCGAGUUCACCAACCUCAAGAAGAAGAACCCCGCCCUCAAGACCGUCAUCGCCAUUGGUGGAUGGACCUUCAACGACCCGGGCCCAACCCAGAAGGUCUUCAGCGAUAUGGUGGGCUCGGCACAGACCCGUAAGACCUUCAUCGACAACCUGUUGAGCUUCCUGCGCGAGUACGCCUUCGACGGCGUCGACUUUGACUGGGAGUACCCCGGAGCUGAUGACCGCGGCGGCGUCGACGCCGAUGGCAAGAACUUUGUCACAUUCCUCAAGGAGCUCGACGACGCCAACAAGAAGCAACCCGUCAAGUACGUCGUUUCCUUCACGUUGCCUACCUCAUACUGGUACAUGCGUCACUUCGACCUCAAGGCCGUCGACCACGUCGACUUUGUCAACGUCAUGUCCUACGACCUGCACGGCGUCUGGGACGGCAAGAACCCAAUCGGCCAGAAGAUCUACGGGCACACGAACAUCACUGAGAUGGAGCAGGCCUUUGACCUUUUCUGGCGCAACGACGUUCCCGCGAACAAGCUCAACAUGGGCCUCGGAUUCUAUGGCCGCGCCUUCCAGCUGCAGGACCCCUCGUGCAGCAAGCCGGGGUGCGGCUUCAAAGGCGGCGCUACCAAAGGAGGCUGCAGCGGCGAGUCGGGCAUUUUGAGCUACCGUGAGAUCAUGGCCGUUAUUGAUGCCAAAAAGAUCAAGCCCGUACAUGACAAGAAGGCAGGCGUUAAGUAUAUUACGUGGAACAACGACCAGUGGGUGUCGUACGAUGACGCCGACACCUUCUCCCAGAAAAAGGACCUAGCUAAGGACCUAGGGCUGGGUGGCUACCUCAUCUGGGCCAUCGAUCAGGAUGACGAGCACUUGACGGCACUGCAGGCCGUCAUCUCGCCUAAGAAGCUAGGUGACUUGGGCGCGGCCGGCGACAAGGACGACUGGCAAUCAUCUAACAAGCAUUGCUACAUCACAUCCUGCGAUGGCAAAUGCGACACCGGCGACAUCAAAAUUACCGACCAACCCUGCGGCGACGACGACAAGCGCAGCAAGCUCUGCUGCCCGCUGUCUGGGGCCCCGAACCCCAAAGAGUGCGCAUGGCGCGGCAACCCCCCCUUGUGCAACGGCCACUGCCAUGACGACGAGGUCAUGAUGGAGAUGAACAAGUGGGGCGACGGUGGUGGGUGCAAUGAUGGCAACAAGGCCUACUGCUGCAAGAGCCCGCUGGCCGAGGAAAACAGCUGCUACUGGAGUGGUGUUGGCGGCUCCUGCAAAGGCGAUGACUUGCCGCUGACAUUUUCGGGCACCGUUCUAACCAUCUUAGAAGACGUGGCCAAGGUCAUCCUUCGCGUCGUCGGGCGCGCCUAUCCUCUCACCGCCCUAGCAGGAGAAGCGCUCCUCUUGGUGCUCGACGAACUCGAUCUCGACACAGACAAGUACUACUGCUGCCCUAAAGAAGACAUCCCCAAAUGGAAGAACUGCGAGUGGUUCGGCAAGCCCGGCAGCUGUUUCGACGGACACUGCCCAGACAUGACAUAUGCCCAGCUGACCGACAGCUACUUCGGCGGUGGCGAGACUUGCGGCUGGCAAGCUUCUCGAGUACGCACCUUUUGCUGCGAGCCGUCCGAGGACCCCUUGUUUCUGCCCGUACCCCUAGGGAAUCUUUUCCAGAACCCGCCAGAUAGUGAUAGUGUCGACACCGACUUCUCCCUCGAAACGGACAAGGACUCAGACACGGAGCAGAACCCCAACGAUGCAGCCUUCCAGUUCGUCGUGCUCGCUUCGCCCGAGGAGCUGCAGGUCUCCAUCGACAAGCGCGACGGCUCCCACUGGGACGUAUUCUCAGGCUGCGACUCGGCCAUCGGCGAUGAAGGCCCCCACACGGUGCAGAUGGUAUGCACAGACUUCUCCGAGGGUAGCAACUGCCACAAGAUCGGUCUCGGCCAUGGUGUCCCUGGCACCAUCUUGGAGAUGCCCGCCGGGUGCGGCCCCGGAAAAUACGCCAUUGCAAAAGACAUGGUCCCAGCCUCUGAAAAGGUCCGUCUUCCCCGUCACCUCGAACACCUUUCAGCCGCCCACACCCCCAUCGUCUACGAUUUGACCUUCGACUACGACUUUACCCGCGUACCCCGCGACCUUGGCGACACCCAGAUGCGCAUUGACUUCAGCAACCAGGACGACUAUUGGAACACAGUCGUCUCGGCGGCCGGAAACACUAAGAAAAAAAUCAAGCGCUCCCUCGCCGAGGCUGGGGGCAACCACGCCCGCUGGUUGGAGGAAGAAUACCGCGACGACUACCAUUUUGGGGGACUCUCGCGUCGUGACCUCGAGGAGCGCUGGUUCGGCUCAGGUGUCCUCGACUGGCUUGCCCGCAUUGUCCGCCCGGAAAUCAAGCGCGAGUUUACUUAUGAUUACCAGGACACCCUGACAGCCAAACUCAUUGACGAGACCUGGCAAUGUACCCGCAACGACAUCAACUACGAGGGCCACAUCCUCGCCCAGGCCCUCCUUAAAGUGAACAUAGCGACAAGCUUCGGGUUUACCCUAAUCGUCACAAAGCUGACCCCUCCCCUCGACAUGUCCCAAAGCUACCUAACCUUCUAUAACAAGGGCGAGAUCACGGGAGUUCUAACCCUCGAAGCCGUUGCUAAGUUUUCCUACCACAAGGGGGACGUCAUCGUGAACAUCCCUUUCCCAGGCGCCUCCUUCAAAAUCCCAGGAAUCGCAACUAUCGGCCCGCAGCUGACGGUCGAGGGCAGCAUCGACGCCUCGCUGACCCUGUCGGGCAAGGUGGAAACUCGUCUCGAGUUCGCCAACUGGGAGGUUCGCCAAGUCCUUCCCGACAACGGCGACAGUAACUACACGCCCAAAGAGAUCGGUGACGGCGACCCGGACCUCAAGCGCACCGGCGACAACGAGGACCUGGACGAGCCGACCUUCUAUGCCGGCGCCCAGGCCAUCGGCGACGCGACGGCCAAGAUCUCAGCGGCGGCUGAGUUCGGCAUCCGCUUCGACAAGCGCUGGGACGUCGAACCGGCCGCCGCGGCUGUUGUGGCCGAGGCCAGCGUCAUGGUCAAGAUGGGCGUCGGCAUCUCCACCAAGGACACCUGCCCCUUUACAUUUGGGGUCGAUGUCGGCGCACGUCUGUUUGCGCGCGCAACAGCACCCGGCUUCAAGUGGCCAGGAGCCGAGGUGGCCAUCACGCCUGCUUAUAAAAAGCCCAUCAUCGAGGGCGGCACAUGUCCGGGCCUAGGACCCCUCCCGACCAAGCGUGAUCUUAACUCCAUCCUCACCAUUGAUGGCAACGAUACCCGUAGCCAUAGCCAUGGCCAUGGCCACACCCAUACCCACAAUAGCCUAAGCCACGGCCAUGGCCACAUCCACAAUAGCCGCGCCCUGGUCAAACGAGCAGCGGUCUGGGGUCCAGUACUCAGCGUGCCCGUGGGAAGCUACUUCUGCCCACCCGAAACCGAUGACAGCGCUGGCCCGGGUACCAUCUGCUCUAAGAUCGGGUACGCCUGGGAUGAGGACAAUGUUAUCGAGGACGCACUUCUAAGGCGGGCCCUCGAAAAAAGGAACUCAAAGCCGGCCGAAAUCUGCGGCCAAAGAAUCACCUUCGAAUACCCGUCACCCUCGGAGGCCAAAGCUCUGAAGAACCCGACCUAUGGCUUCGAAAGCACCGACUGCAAGGACUACAAGUUUGGCGCUCUCCCGGCCGAUGUCCCCGGUGUCGACUACGAAGCCGAGCACGUUCUCGAAGCUCAACUCAUCAAACAGUUCUUCGAGUAUGUCGCUAAGAAUGUUGGCCCCUUCCCUCACCCCGACCCUGAAAAGGCUAAGUUGGGCACGACACUCCAGUUCUGCCCGCUCGUCAAACUGCUCUGGAACGUUCCGGUUGAAAUCCCGAACCUCGAUACCGCCUCGGGGAUUGGCGCCCUCCUUACUCCCUAUAAACAUGUCAUCAACCAGUUUCCCACCAAAACAUGGAAGAACAAAGAGUACGUCCUCCUCGACACUAACAUCAACUCCCCGCCUAAGGCGGGAGCUUGGGCCGGAUUCAGUAGCAAGGGCAAAAAUAUCCAAAUCGUUUCUCUCAAGAAAUGGCUCGGCACCGAACCCGACAACAACCCCCAAAGUCCCUCCGGCCAAACCCCCCCCAAAUACCCCAGCACUAGCAAAAUCGCCACCAUCGGCGGUGCCGAGGAGAUCAUGAAGUCGAUGCGCGCCAUCCUCGGCUCGCGCCUGUACCACAACACCCCCGCCGUCUCGACCAUUCUCAAAGCCCAAAAGGAGCGGGUAGGCGAGGUGCUCCGGCGGCUCGACACCGAGGUCCUGCCCGCCAAUCCCAAGAAAGAAGGCUGGGCGCCCUGGGCGCCACUAGGGCUGAAGGGAAUGUGGGACACGUUCAUGACGGGCAAGAUGGCGCUGGUUGUUACCAAGUCGAACAUGGUAACUAACGAUAUCUUGCCGCGCAUGCAGGCCUUGUGGGCGGACCAGGCCGCGAGGGACGCGGCUAAGAUUGACGAUAAGGAUAAGGCAGAUGUAGUGGAAUUGAAGGAGAGGAAACAGAGGCUGAUUGAUACUAUUGAUGCGUUCGCUGCUAUUUUGCAGACGACGCCGGCGUGGCUGUUAGCAUUUUAGAGGGGUCAUUUUCUGUUACGAUAUGUUAGGGGGUUAUCACUAGUAUAUAAUUAAGCUUGUUAGCUUACGUUUCAUUAUAGAC